CUUUUUAGCAGAUGAAAACUGUUGUUCGGUUAUAGCCUUGGCUGAGUUGUAGGCGGGCUGGUGAUGUUCGGUAUAUAAGGACGGCUUGACUCGACGUUAAAGCAUCAGUUCCUUCUCUGAAGCGUUCGACUCAUCUACUUCCAACAAUAUGAAUAAGUACAUCAUUUUAGCUGCUUUGGUUGCCAUGGCGAUGGCCAAGCCGCAAGGCUAUGGUGCAGCAGCCGGCCAACAGCAACAGGCUUACGGAGGCCAAGCUGGGCAGCAACAGCAGAAGCCGGCAUACGGAGCUCAGUCCGGAGCGGCUCAACAGCAACAAGGUUAUGGUGCUCAAGUAUCUGCUAGCGCUGGAGCUGGACAGGGUUAUGGUGCUCAAAACGGAGGUGCCCAGCAGCAACAGGGCUAUGGCUCUCAGGUCUCAGCAGGCGCUGGAGCUGGACAAAACUACGGAGCUCAGUCUGGUGCUGCCCAACAACAACAGGGUUACGGUGCUCAAGCCUCUGCUAGCGCCGGAGCUGGACAAGGUUAUGGUGCUCAAAAUGGAGCUGCCCAGCAACAACAAGGCUAUGGGGCUCAGGCCGCAGCUGGAGCUGGACAAGGUUACGGUUCACAAAACGGAGCUGCCCAGCAGGGUUACGGCGCAUCCAACACUCAGCAGAAACCAACCAGUACUUACAACAGCAAUGGAAACAGACCGUCCGCAUCCGCUUCAUCCUACGCACAAGAGCAACCCCCGAUGCCAUACGAAUUCGCCUGGGCCGUCAAGGAUGAGCCAACCAAGAACGACUACGCUCAUGAAGAAAAGAGCGACGGCAAAGUUGUUAUCGGAUCUUACCGCGUUCUGCUUCCCGAUGGCCGCACUCAGAUCGUCUCCUACCGCGCUGACGAGAACGGCUACGUCGCCGAUGUCAAGUACGAGGGUGAGGCUCAAUUCCCCGCACCGUCCAACGGCAAUGGCAACUACGGCAAUGCUGCCGGAAGCAGCAACUAUGGCAGUGGCAGCAACGGCAAUGGCAACGGCUAUGGCAACGGCAGUGCCAGGCCUAGUGGCAACAGCAACAGCUACGGCAACGGAAACAAACCCAGCACUUCAUAUUAACAAGCUUAAAAAUGUCGUGACUUCUGUAUAUUAUAUGGUCGUCAUUUCAAGUAUUUUUGUACGAAUCACUAUCAAAUUGAAAUAUACAUUAUAGUAAUUAA